GUUCUUUUUCCCGGGAGUAUUCGAUUUUGUGUCGUUCUGCUUCGUCGUUUGAGGGAGUUUUCGCAGUUGAUUGUUCUGAGAAGUUUUUCGGGUUCGACUGUGAACGUGAAUCCACGAUAGAAUGAAUGGGUAGCAGUGAGAGUUGUCGUUGUCGAGACGAGAGCGGGACAGCGCUCGGACAAUCGUCUUCUUGAGCGAGCUUUUCGUGUCGCCCCUUUCGUUUUGCCUUGUUGAUUCCAAUUAUGCUCGCAAGAGAAAAUAAGCCAGAGUCAGCCGUGAUCUAGUAGGAAAUGGGCUGGUUGUGACACGGCGGACAGAGGAUGGCUGGGCAGGACAAGGCGUGAAUCUUCAAAGGAUCUCGUUUGAAGGAGGUCCAGGGUAAACAAACAUGGUGGGCCCUGCGAAUAUUCCGGGCCGAAGCGGGGUGCCAGCACCUCCGGCGGACCUGGCACCAUCCGGGCACAGUAUCGAGGACCAGAUACGCUUCCACUACUUCAGCCCCGCGCCAAACACCUACAAUCCAAACGUACUGAUACUCGAUGUUUUUGCUUCUCUAGUAAAGAACUCUAACACUGUUGGUCCUCUCUGUCUUAAUGCGAGAACGCUCAUCUGCAGCAUGGAGAUGGACAUCGGUUUCCUUGAAGCUUAUUUUUGUCUAAAGAAACGCAAACGCACAAACAGCUCCCGCCAAAGAAGCAACAGCUGGAUAACGGGCUCAUAAAGGAUGGGAAGCAUCCAAGCUUCACGGAUCUAUCGGGGGCGGAUAUACCCGGACCCGGACAAUACUCGGCUUUCGUCUACGAACCAGGUGACAUGCCAAUGCCACAGGGAGGCCGGGUUUACCAAAAAGAUAGGACAAAGGUAUGAUACUUUGUUUAGAGUGUUGCAGCAGCGAUCGCGAUUGACGACUACAGUGAAUGCAUGGUUGCAUAACUUUCGACUUCGAUUUUGAAUGAAACACGAAGAAGGAGACGAAAUUUUGUUUACAAUCUUCAAUCAGGUGAUGCAAGGCAAGGGUCUGAUCGGUCCGAAGCAUGCGGCGCGCAUGCUGAAAGAGUAUGCGGGGGCAAAGUUUCCUGAUCCAGGAACCUACUUCCCAGACGUGACCAACGUACGGCCGCGAUUGGCAAAACUCGACAAGUUCGGCAAGCAGCCAAAGUUUCCGAGGCCAUUCCGGUCCACGAUGGACGGUCCAGGGGUAGGGAAGUACGACGUCAUGUCUGCACAGGAAUUUCUUGACCCCUUCGUACCAGAGGGCGGAAAAAACUGGCUCAACCAGCACAAGCCACAGCACGGCUAUUUUGACGAGGCGACUUUCGUAACGCAAGCAAAUCCGGGCCCGGGGGCAUACACACCACAGAUGCUACCAGGUUAGAUGUUUUCGAAAAAGAGAGCAAUUGUUCGCAUCUUUUGUAGUUUCUCAUCCGCAUAAUUUCAACAGUACAAUGCUGACAUUGGAAAAAAAAGCAGAUUGAUGGAAAUUUUUGCUUUCAGCCCGCCGCGAUUUCGCCCAGGAGGCAUUCCACCAUACUACGGAGACUAUGGAGGAGUCAAAAGCGUUAGUGAAGAAGCACACGUCUUCUGACGCACCCGGUCCCGGACAGUAUUCCCUCCCCGAGCUACCGUCGUUAAGCCAAGCUCCGAAAAUUGUCGGUAGGACGCUGCCCUACGCCGUGCCAAAGCCGUUCAGCUACAAUGCUCAGCCCGACAUGGCGAGGAAAUUUCAACCGCUGCGAAGCAGCAACAGUGGAGAUUUGAUCUAUGGUAGGAGCUUCAAGUCAGGUAUAAAAGUGUAUUGCUGGAUGAAGAAUUUUGUCGCGUUACACUUGUGGACUCGGAUAACAAUUCAAGAAAGGGUAAGAGUACAACGUCAAUGGAAAUUGCAAAUCAACUGUGAUAUGGUCUCAUCCCCAGGUCAGCAAAUGUUGCAGAACUAUCCCUCACACUCGUCGAGCACGCGAAAUGGGGCUCCAGACGGACCGCCGGCGAUUGGCACGUAUAGUCAGCGGCAACUGGCCGACCAAGCGAAAAAGAAGCAGAAGGAUAUGGAGAACGAGCAGAUUGCGAUGGACGAACAUAGGAUCGCACGGAAGGAGAAAGAAUUGUCCGAGAAACCGGGGCAGAACAAGUGGGUCGAGGGCGGAUUCGAAAUGUUCGACCUGGAACCGAUGUUCGACACGAAUGGGCAACCAAUUAAGAAAAAAGCAGAGCCCUCGCACGUAUUGAGAAUUUUUGUGUGUAGUGGUCGUUUUUUCAUCGCUGUUCUUCAGCUUUGCAUAGAUAGUGAGUUUGUUUUGAGAAGAGGUUUAGCGUCACUGGCGUGUCGGUGUCGGAGGAUAAAAAACUUCCCCCAAUAAAACAGUCGCCAACAGCCAAGAGUCCAAACCGAGUAGACUUUUUGACCGCAAAGCCAGCAGACAUCGCGGAUGAGCAUCCUGCGGUUCUGCGGGCAGCUCAGAACUAUCAGCAGAUGGCAGGAAAGAUCUACAAACCUAUUAAGGGCUUCCUUCCCGGUGCGGCGAAGCGGUAUUGGUUAUGUUUGGUUUUGCAAAUCUCACACUAUACUCUCUCAUCCUUUUUUAUGAUUUCGCUUCACUGAUCCGUAGCAAUUUUUUUACUGAAUAAAUUCAAAAUAACAGGCCGGUCGCGAUUGAUCCGUCGGACGACUCCAACAUGACAUUGAGCUUCGAUGUCGGCCGCAAAGAGUACAUCGGCAUCACAAAGGCUUUGAGAGACGCAACAGAAGAUCUUAUCCAACACAUGAAGGCGGAAUUGCCCAUGGAACACUUGCUGCAUCAUUCCGAAAACUCACUCAGAAAUAAAGCGCUGCGAAAAAUGAACCUCGACGGCAUUAGGCCUGCGGUAAUAAUGAAGAUUUUUUUUUUGUGAAAUUUGCGGCAAAUAAUAAUGAAAUGAUUGCGAACAACUUAUCAUGAAAAUGAAAUUGCGCAGCUGGAAAAGUUUGAGUUGCAACAUUUUAAAGAUUGCUUUUUCCCUCAACAUAAGGUUUCACGCAAAGUGCUGGCUGAGAUGCCCAGGCUUUUUGAGAAGCCAACAGAUACACGAGCGCGCCUGGAGGCAGAGGCACACGAACUGCAGGCUCUUGCGAACGCCCCGGUCGUCGUCGAGAUACCGGGAAUGAACGCUCCAGAAAGACCGGAUUCGUCAGAGUACUUUCGUCGUAUCUUUUGGCUUUUUGCGUACGAUGGAGUCAGCUUGGGUCAAAACGGAAUUAGGUAUGUGAGAUCGAGUACUUAUCUGUAUGAUUGUCACCAUUCACAGGCGUCCUGCGGACUCCCCACAAGCGGAAGAUGCACAGCCGCAUGAGCCAGCGGCGGCGGACGCUUUAGCCUCGACGGACCAGGUCGAAGCCAGUGUGCGGGAGGGUGCGCACGAACAGCUUGGGCAGACCACUUCGCUCACCGUUUCCCAGCGGCCCGAGGGAUCCAGCAUGGUGCUAAACGCCGACUCUAUCGAGGCCGGCGCCGCGGUGGCCGGACCAACAGAGCACAUCGAUAUUUUCCCCACCCAGGAAGGCUCGCUUGACGGGCCUUCGCUGCAGAGUACGAUGAGGGAGGAAACGCAGUCUGCCAUGCAGUCAACAGUGCUGGAAGGGGCGCAACCCUCGACACUACUCGAGACGCUACCGGAGGAGCAGGAGGUAGCGGCCGGUGAGCAAGCCACCCCUGCGGCAGAGGGCGGGGAGGCCGCAGCUCCGGGCGCCGAAGCAGAAGCACCUGCGGGAGAGCAGGAGGAGGCUGCUGCGGCUGGCGAAGCUGCAGCGGAACAAACCGAGGGUGUGCAUGAAGGCGAAGAUACGGCCGGCGGUGCUGCGGAGGGCGAAGCUGACCCGGCCGCUCCAGCCACAGAAGAGGCUGCGCCUCCAGCAGAGGAACCAGAAUCUGCAGCGCCGGUGGACGCGGAAGAGAAAGCGGGCGGCGCUGGUGACGCGGAGCAGACUGAAGGUGACCAUGCGUCCAUAGAGCGGGACAACACGGCGGAAGCCACCCCUGCACCCGAUGAGACAGCAGCUCCGGCGCCUGGGGACGAAAACAGGCCCGACACGGCGCAAACGGAGAAUGCGGAGGGUGCGGCACCAACGGGGGAAGAUGAACCCGCAGCGGAAGCGGAAGUAUCUCCACCACCAGAAGAACAACCUGCCGAGGAAAGCAAGGAAGCAGCUGCAGCACCACGACCUGCAGUCGAUGUGGACGCGGAGGCCGAGAUCGCCGCGGAACCCUCGCCGGGCGGGACCGAACUGUCCUUGGCGGAGGCUGACGACCAUGUCGGGCCCCUCGCGUCAGAGGUCGCUACGGGUCAGUCGCUCUUGGACCAGUCCGUCUUAGACGCGGAAUUGCCAAAACCGCCAGAAUAUCAAAUGUAAAAAUGUCUGGGUCUGGAAGAAUUCAUGUUUGUCAUGCUUGUCUGGCAUGACUCUUAAAUCUGUCAUGCACGUUACCCAAGAGCUCCGCUUUUCUGUGAUGCAGAAGCGCAGUUUGUCAUGCAGAAUAGGCAACACCUAGGAGCUCAGAAACUUGUCAUGCUGAGCCAGCAUUUGUAGCCUCAUCAUGAGACGCCACCCAGCACUACAAGUUUCCAGACCCAGACAUUUUUACAUUUGAUACAGAACCGGCUCCCGACAUGGAAGCGGAGCACACGAUCGCGCCCAUGGCAGGCGUAUCAAAUGUAAACGUGUCUGGGUCUGGAAGAAUGCGCGAUUUGUCAUGCAGCUUUUCCAUGACCCAUGAGGUCUGGAAUGCAGGACCUAGCAUGACAGAUUCUGUGCGAUCUCUCUCAUGCCUAUCCUGCAUGAGAAACCCCCUCCCGAUUUGGUCAAAACUCGACGACUUUUGGUAAUCAUGCAACACAGAUUUUUGCAUGCUUCAGAUCUAGCAUGACAAGUUCCAAUUCUUCCAGACCCAGACAUUUUUACAUUUGAUAAGGCGCCGACGGCGAAGAUUUUGACGUCGACUAGCCGGUCUUCGACUUUCUCCAAAUGAACCGAGUUUUUCGCUCGCUAAAAACGAACUUCGAUGCGAGAAAAAAGUUUGUCAACCAGUGUCUAUAAUACAGAAAACCAAUCGUCUCUUCUUCUAAUAGGCCGAAUGAACAAAACAAAAACUGACCUUUAACUUGAAAUGCAAAAUCAGAAGCCUGACCUAGUACUAGAAGGUCAGUAAGGGCUCCUUCUCUCGAUUCGUAUUUAUGUUGCAGUUUCUUACAUCAACAACUUUGCUUUUUGUCAAAUAUGCUUCUAGUAUACUCAAAUCUUCAUUUGAGUCAAUUAGGAUUUGUUAAUCAAGCAGAAAUGCACAUCGCUUUGUCGAAUAGGAUUACAAGAACACGGGCGGCAGAUGUUGCGGACAGCCCGAAUAACUGGACAUGUACGAUAGAACAUAAACUUGGAUGGCGCACUCGUCAGAAAACAGCGAAACAAAAAA